GUAUUGCAGAUGUUUUCGUUGCUGUUGGUAAAAAGUGUAUGGAUUUUGAUAUUUCAGUAAAGAACAAUAAAAAUGGAAGUUGACAUUAAAAUAAGUAGCAGCAGUUUACUCAAUUUCAUGGAAUGUGAAGGAUCGAAGAUGUGCACUAAUGAUACAAGAAUUUCUGCAGAAGAAAUGGACGAAGCACGGAAAAACAAUCUGGCAUACGAGUACCUCUGUCAUCUGAAAGAAGCAAAAAUGUGGCUGGAAGCUAUGUUGCAGGAGCCAUUACCAUCACCUACAUUGCUAGAGGAGGGUUUACGGAAUGGAGUUUACUUAGCUAAGUUGGGUAAUGUUUUAGCACCAAAGGUAGUCCCCAAGAACAAAAUAUAUGAUGCAGAGCAAAGGCGUUACAAAUUAGCUGGAUUGCAGUUUCGCCAUACUGACAAUAUUAACUAUUGGCUCAAAUCCCUUGAAUUUUUGGAACUACCAAAGACAUUCCAUCCUGAAACUACAGAUAUAUAUGAUAAGAAGAACAUGCCAAGAGUGAUCUACUGUGUGCAUGCUCUCAGUACCCAUCUUUUUAAAUCAGGGAAAGCACCUCUUGUGCAAGAUCUAUAUGGGAAAGCAGAAUUCACAGCGGAAGAGAUUGGUGCAGUGAGGCGUGACCUGGAAGAGUAUGGCAAUCCCUUGCCAGCAUUUCAGAGGAUUGGAGGGCUUCUUGCAAAGGAAGCAGGGCAAGAUCAUGAAUCUGUAGAGAUUGCCAUUGCAGAUCUGAACAGAGCGAUAGACAAAGUGGACCCUGUUACUCUGCAGGCAGCAUUGCAGAAUCCCAGUCUGGGACUACAGUUCAUUGAAAAGUCAUUAAUGGAAGGAUAUGGACUGGCACUCGUGAAAGCAAAGGAGAGGAAGACUGAGGUUAUGCUGAACCGAUCACAGAAUGAUAGUUCCACAGCUGAAGACUAUAGUGAUGAGCUUACACUGCCUGAAAUUCAAGGUUACAUCAAUGCUGUAAAUGUGUGCUGGCUUUGGCAACAAGCUUUAGGUGCAGCCCAUGAAGGUGAUGUGGAGUUACUGAUGACUGUUCUAUGUCACAAAUAUCUUAAACUGGAGGCUAUUAAUGAUAGGUUCUGCGCUCUGUAUUUGGAAGAAAUUAGAUUAUUGUGGGAGAAGCACCAAGACAAGGCCAAUGACUUGCGAACAAUACUGGAUGAUUUUAGUUGUCAAAUUGUAAAGGAGCUGCAGGAGGCUAUUAUCAGAGCCAAUGAAAAUGGGUACCGCUCUCUGCAAAUUACAGCAGCCAUAACUUCAAUAAACGAAGCUCUGGCAGCAAAUAAUGUUCAGCAGCUACUUACAUCUCUUAAAACACUGUCUCUAAAAGAAGUAAAGCAUGCAGCAGCACCCCUUUACCUUGAAGAGAUGUGUGCAGAUCGUAUUCAGUGCCAGAGAGAUUUGACACUGGAAGAGAUCACUGCAAGUGUACGUGUCCUUUCAAAUAUAGCAGCAAUCACUGAGAGUGUAGAUGCAGGAGAUGCUGAGCAGACAUGGUCAGCGAUAUCCCAACCUCAACUGCAUUUUUCUAACCUUGAUCAAGGGUUGUGUGUUAAAUAUUGGCAAGUAUUGAAAGCAAAACGCACGUACAAACUGGCAAAGAAAAUGGCUUGCCCAUUGCUGACUUACUUUGAUAUUCAAGAUUGCAUAGAUAUUGUUCACCAGCAAAGUGAAGACAGCAAUCAGAUGAUUAUGUGUCUUCACAAUCUGAACCAAGCACUGGAGAAUGGAAAUGAUGAAGCAAUCAUAAGAAUUUUGCAGGAUCCAGUUCUAAAAUUUGACAUUACUCCAGACCAUGCAGUUGUUUAUGUCCAUUUUCUUAAGGGUAAACGGCAGAAGAAGGGUUCAGAGCUUUGGCUGGAAGAUGCUGAGGACGCAAUCAGUGCUGCUAAUGAUGAAAUUAAGUCUGUUGUUCAAUUAUGCCAUUGGUUGUUGGAGAUGAAUUCUGCUGUACGACGAGGUGAUGCUAAAACAGCAUCUAGUCUUUUAGCAAAAUCAGGGUUGGACACAGAUGCAAGCAUUAUUUUGAGAAACAAUCAUGCUUUUGAAAGGCUUCGGGAUCUUGGUUUCAGAAAGUCCCUGAAGACUCUGUCACCCUGGGUGGAGCAUGUCACACACAGUGGCCACAGUGUCUUUCUCAAUCUUGAUAAGAAGCAGAUUACAUGGCAACCACCAACCGAAGAAUAUCAGAAAUGUUGCUACCUCACAGUACAGGAUAUACAGGGUGUGCUUGGCCUACAUAGACGGCAGCCAAGUAUUGAGUCCAUAAUACGUCUGCAAGCACACUGCAGAGGAUGGCUUGUUCGUCAAAAGUUCUCAAGAACAAAACUUGUCAAAUAUAUAGUGAAGAUCCAGGCUUGGUGGCGAGGAAUACUGGCACGCCGCCUUUAUUGUCAAUUGAAAAAGCAUCAAAGUGUUAAAGACCCAUUGGAUUUCUAUCGUGAGCAUGAGAAACUUGUGGUGAAAAUCCAAGCAUUUUGGCGUGGUUGCCUUGCUCGUCGGGCGUUUUUGUCCCUUGCUCAUGAGGCACAGCCAUCAUUUUGUGCAGUUCGUCAUUUUGCAAAGUUACUGAAGGAUGGCGUAGAUGACUAUGAACAAGAGCUACUGAUGCAGAACUUGAAGGAACAGAUAGGAAAAACAAUACGACACAAUGAGAAUCUCUCACAGCAGCUGGAUGCAAUGGAUUUGAAAAUAGGUCUACUAGUACGCAACAGAAUCUCAUUGCAGGAUGUAGCAGCCCACGGUUCACGACUACGAGCCACUGCUGCAUCAGCUGGUCAAUUGAUGGAUGGAAAAUUAAGUCGAAGUGGUCAGCAUAUUGUAGAAUAUUACCGAAAGCUAUUUUACCUUUUACAAACAGAACCUCAUUACUUGGCUCGCUUAUUACCUUGUUUGCCACGCUCAAAGACAACAGCAUUUCUCCGCACUGUGGUUCUUGCUAUUUUCAAUUUUGGUUCGGGAUCACGAGAAGAUUACUUACUGCUUCGACUUUUUGCUGCUGCUCUGCAAGAAGAGAUAAGGAGCAAAAUAAGCAGUCCAAUGGAUGUUGUUACAGAUAAACCAUUGGUUCUAAGCCUUGUUGUCAGUUAUGCACGUCAAGUUUCGGGGCAGAAUCCUCUCAAAGAAAUGGUUGGACCACUUGUGGAGAAGGUUAUCAAUAACAACAAUCUUUCCAUGGACACAAAUCCUGUUGAUAUAUAUAAAUUCUGGCGCAAUCACCAAGAGACUGUAUCAGGACAGAUUUCGGAGCUUCCAGCAUCAGUAAAUCCUGAACAGGCCUUGAAUCACCCGGAGAUUAAAUGCUCCUUAGAGCAAAAUGUUUCUGCUCUGCGACAUUGGACAUUGGCUUUUCUGGAACGCAUCACAAAUUGUCGAGAUAUGAUACCAUAUGGUGUGCUGUAUGUAGCAAAAGUGCUGCAUGACUCUCUUGCAGAAAAAUUCCCACAGGCACCAGAAAAAGAUCUCCUGAAGGUUGUGGGUAAUUUUAUCUACUAUCACUACAUAAAUUCAGCUAUUGUUGCUCCUGACACAAUGGACAUGGUGGGAGGCAGAAACCUUUCAUAUGAACAGCGCCGCAAUCUUGCCAGCAUUGCACGAAUUCUCCAGUUUGCUGCCACAAAGCAGGGAUUUGGUGAGGAAGCAAGUUAUCUCAUGUGCUUGAAUUCCUUCAUUAUUGAAUGCCAUGAAAAGUUCAAGAAUUUUUUUCGUCACUGCUGUCAAGUUGAGGAACUGGAAGAUCACUUUAAUGUUCAUCGUUACACAGAGGCAACACUCAUUGCAAGACCUGUUAUUAACAUCUCUCUUCAGGAAAUGUGCGACACACAUGAGCUGUUAGUAAAAUAUUUGUCUCAGAUUGCACCUGAUCCUAUGGACCCAUUAUGUGAACUACUGGAGGAAAUGGGUCCAGUGCCUUCCCCUGAAUCUCUUAUUGGUUCAUCAUGUGAAUCUGCCUUGUGCCAGAAAGGCAUGUGCCUGGAACUGGUAAACCACUGUGAGCUUCUGGAUGAUGAUUCUGAAAUCAGCAGACUAUUUGUCAGUGCGAAGGAGUUAUUGCUGCAGCUGUUACCACAAAUGGAAGGAGCCAGUUUGUUAGAAGCUCUGUCAUGCAAGUGCACUGGUCAAUCUGAAGAUAAUGAAUUACAAAGACUCUCCCAACUUCUAGCGCAGCUUGAAUUAGCAGGCUUGGUAACUCAUACUGAUGGUUUUCAGCAGCUUGUAACUGCAGUUGCGUCUGACAUAUGUCGCCGUGGUCGGAGAAGACAGCUCCUGAGAAAGGAAAUCCAAAUGCUGAGAAGCACCAAACAAAGUCUGGAGAAGAAAACACAAUUUUUUGAAGAGCAAAUCAGCUACUACAGUGAAUAUAUUCAAAAAUGUCUGGAGAAUCUGAAUGCAGGUAAAAGAAAAGUGCACAUACCAAGAAGUGAGGCUGGAGAGAAACAUUCAAAAGCAAGUAGGAAGCUUAAACUGCGUUAUAGUGCUGCUCGUCUACAUGAGAAAGGAAUACUGCUUGAAGUUGACGGACUACCAGCUGCUCAGUUUCGUAACCUACAGUUUGAAAUAAGCCCGUCUGAAACGCCUGGCAUAUUUAUUGUCUCCGCAAAGUUCAUGGGAGUUGACAUGGAGAAGGUGGAUAUUGAUAUGCAGAAUUUACUGCAGCUUCAGUAUGAGGGCGCAGCUGUUAUGGAUCUAUUUGGCAAGGCAAAACUGAAUGUUAAUCUCCUAUUAUUUCUGCUUAAUAGAAAAUUUUACAGCAAAUCAUAAUUCACAUUACACAUAAGGUAAUGGAAAUGGAAAAAUAUAAUAUUUUUAGUAGCUUUGAGAUACUAGUUACCUGUUCAUCAUAUGUGUGCCCUAUGAGCAGGUCUUUCACUGCAGCCACAGCACCUCUCAAAAUGAAAAGGAUGGCAGAGCAAAGGAGACCUUCACAGUUGUCAGUAGCACAAAAGGUCUAUCCCACAAUAAAUUAUAACAAAAGGGUAACAAGCCUCAGACGUACCAGCAUAAUAAAUUAAAGGGAGAACUGCUGUUCAUCUGGAGCAGGCAACUUAAAAUAUGUACAACAAAUGUGACAACAGUUUUGUCAUGUUCCACUACUGAAGACAUAAUUUGUUUGUCUAAGGGAGUUCUGCUGUUAAGCUGCUUAAUGCAGGUGGCUAGCAGUUCUUGCUACUGACAACUGACCAAUUACUUACAUUUCACCAUUGCCACAGUAUAGAUAUUUGUGUGUCUACAUAAUGUCUUACUGUUAUACAGCUACAUGUACCAAAGUGAUAAUUGUUACUUUCUGAUAAUUGCAUAAAUUUACAUGUAAGCUGAUAAUUUGCCCAGAUGAAGUAAAGAUUUAAUCUCUCAUAAAAUUCUGUUUUUAAUGCAUAGUUCUUUUGUGUAUUGUGACUCAAAGGUAAUGGCUCCAAUGAAUACAGGUGUUUUACAUGCUUUGUUUGUACUGUUAUUUCAAGCUAUAAAAAAUGUUUUUCAUUUUGAGUACAAGAGAAAUAUAGAAGUGAGACACAAACAAAUUGAAACUGCAUUAUAUGAACAGUGUAAAGAAAAUUAAAACUUACAAGAAGUAACUAUGUUGCAGUUACAUGAUUUCCACAAUGAGAUCGUCACCUAAAUCCCCAUUUGCAUCUGGAAAAGGGUCGUUUCAAAGAUUUUGUGGAAAAUUAUGACAUUCGUAAGGUGCCUUGAUGCUGAAGGAGCUCAGCACAGCCUUCUUUUCUUUCUCUCCUCAAGAAAAUCACUCUCUACCUGUUCAAUCUCAGAGACAUUUCUUGGAAAAGUAGAAAAAGUAUUGUUAACUGUAAUGGGCAAAAUGUAUUACAUAUUAACAUAGAUGCUGAAAGUCACAUCUUUUGACAAAUUGCUUAAAAUCAUUUAAUAUCUUGUAGAAUUAGAUUUUUGUAUUUGGUAUAGAUGGCAUGUUGCACUCUCUCUCAAAUUGAUUAAGUGUAAAUACUUGGUACUUUCUUACUAAAAUGAGAAUUUGGAUAAGGCAAGAGCUGGGAACACGUCAGAAACAUCCUCCAUCCAGCAAGAUUCAAUGAAUUCAUAGUUUUAUUUAUUGUACUUCAACUUCAGAUGUUGUAAAGAUAUUUAUCUCUUGUUCAUAGAAAAUUUGGAAUGCUUCUUUCUUCAGAAAACUAUGAGUAAAAAUAAACCAAUUUUAACCAAAUGGGAUCAAGACUGAACUAAAGAACUCUGCCAAAGAUUGCAAUAAAAUUACUUCUAUACACAUACCAAUUAUAUGUUACUUUGACUACAGAUAUGGACAACACUGUCAUAUUCCAAAUUUAUUGAAGUUAGAGGGUCAGUUUUGAAUGUUUAUGCAGUUUUAUUAAGUCAUAAGGUUGUAAGCCACAAUGUCUUUAAUAUUUUAAACACAAUCAUAUGUAUAAUGUAAUAACGAUCAACACCAGUUUUGACCAUACAGUGGCCAUCUUCGCAUUCUAUGUCAUAGAUGGUAUUUGAUGAAGUGUUGUCACAAUAAAUCUGAAAACAAUAGAUGUUUGUGAAAAUUAGUUAUAUUCAAAAUGGCCACACUAUUAUUCUGUCGAUUAUUGUAAAUAUUUUAAUUUGUUUGUUUUUCUGUCGGUAUAAAAUGCAAUAUCAUUAUUGUACUUGUUCUUGGCAGGGCCAAGUACACUCUGGACAAUACCUAAUUCAUUAUUGUCAUUGUUAAGUAAAUCAUAUUUUUAGAUGGCUUAUUUUAUAUUUUAUAAAUAACAUUAAAUCAAUCAGACAAAAUCUCAGUUACCCAAUUAUUUUUGUGUAUGUAUAUAUGUAUGUGAAAUAACGUUCGAAACUGUGUACAAAUAUAUAUUGUUAAGUAUUUUUAAUACUUGUCUGAAAGUAAAAUAUAAUACCUGUAAUGGAUAUUUUGAAUAGGACACAUUUUGUGCAGGAUGCCACAUGCAAAAAACCUGUUUGUGUGUUCAGAAUAUGUUCAUUCAGAUUUAUCAUCUCUCUCUCUCUCUCUCUCUCUCUCUCUCUCUCUCUCUCUCUCUCUC